CGCACUUGGACUUCUUCCUCCAGCUCUUCAAUCGACAACAACGACAAUCGCCAUGUCUCACAGAAAGUUCGAAGCGCCCCGCCACGGUUCUCUGGCAUACCUUCCUCGCAAGAGGGCCGCCCGUCACCGCGGAAAGGUCAAGUCGUUCCCCAAGGAUGACGCCUCGAAGCCAGUCCACCUUACUGCCACUAUGGGCUACAAGGCUGGUAUGACUACCAUCGUCCGCGACCUCGACCGUCCCGGCGCAAAGUCGCACAAGAAGGAGGUUGUUGAGGCUGUCACUGUCAUUGAGACACCACCAAUGAUCGUUGUUGGUCUUGUUGGCUACAUUGAGACUCCCCGUGGUCUCCGAUCCCUCACCACCGUCUGGGCCGAGCAUCUGUCCGACGACCUGAAGCGCCGCUUCUACAAGAACUGGUACAAGUCCAAGAAGAAGGCCUUCACCAAGUACGCCAAGAAGCACUCCGAGGCUUCCGGUUCCUCCAUCACCCGCGAGCUCGAGCGCAUCAAGAAGUACUGCACCGUCGUCCGUGUCCUCGCCCACACCCAGAUCCGCAAGACCCCGCUCAAGCAAAAGAAGGCCCACCUUAUGGAGGUCCAGAUCAACGGUGGCUCUGUCGCCGAGAAGGUCGAGUUCGCCGCUGGUCUCUUCGAGAAGCCAGUCGAGGUCGCCUCCAUCUUCGAGCAGGAUGAGAUGAUUGACGUUAUCGCCGUCACCAAGGGUAAGGGUUUCUCCGGUGUCACCAGCCGUUGGGGAACCAAGAAGCUCCCGAGAAAGACGCACAAGGGUCUCCGUAAGGUCGCCUGUAUCGGUGCCUGGCAUCCGUCGCACGUCCAAUGGACUGUUGCCCGUGCCGGUCAGGAUGGAUACCAUCACCGUACCUCGUGCAACCACAAGGUUUACCGUGUUGGUUCCGGAGCUGACGAGGGUAACGCCUCGACUGAGUUCGAUGUCUCCAAGAAGACCAUCACCCCUAUGGGUGGUUUCGUCCGCUACGGUGAGGUCAAGAACGACUUCGUCAUGGUCAAGGGCUCCGUCCCCGGUGUCAAGAAGCGUGUCAUGACCCUCCGCAAGUCCAUGUGGACCCACACCUCGCGCAAGGCCCUCGAGAAGGUCGACCUCAAGUGGAUCGACACCUCGUCCAAGUUCGGCCACGGUGCUUACCAGACCCCCGCCGAGAAGCGUGCCUUCCUCGGUACCCUCAAGAAGGAUCUCGUGCAGCAGUCGUAAGCCUGUCGCUCAUGUUGUUGGUCGUUGUCGCGCUGGUGUACUAAGGGAAAAUCGUUUUUUCUGGGCGGGGAGCGGAGGGUUUCGGGGCAUCAUGUGUUUGCCGUAACGGUGUGCAAAUCGAUAUCCUCGCGUGGUGCUUAGCUAGACAUGAAAACACAUGCUAGAUGAGCAUAUCACAAAAAUGCUUCCGAUUCCCCUCAUGCGUGCUGUGCCUUCUAAACAUCCAAUCGUGAAAUAUCAAAUGUUA